AUAACUUGGCUAUUGGAGUAAGUUGGAAAAGAAGAAAAAAGAUAGAUUGGAACUAUGGCCAAAGUAAAUAGAGCUCAGUAUACGUCCCCUCCAGAUGGAGGUUGGGGCUGGAUGAUUGUGGCUGCCUGUUUCCUCGUUACCAUCUGCACCCGGGCAGUCACAAGAUGUAUCUCAAUUUUUUUUGUGGAGUUCCAGACAUACUUUGCUCAGGAUUAUGCACAAACAGCAUGGAUCCAUUCUAUUGUGGACUGCAUGACCAUGCUCUGUGCGCCACUUGGAAGUGUUGUCAGUAACCAUUUAUCCUGUCAAGUGGGAAUCAUGUUGGGUGGCUUGCUUGCAUCUACUGGCCUCAUCCUGGGCUCAUUUGCCACCAGUCUGAAGCAUCUCUACCUCACACUGGGAGUUCUUACAGGUCUUGGAUUUGCACUUUGCUACUCCCCAGCUAUUGCCAUGGUUGGCAAGUAUUUCAGCAGACGGAAAGCCCUUGCUUAUGGGAUCGCCAUGUCAGGAAGUGGCAUUGGCACCUUCAUCCUGGCCCCUGUGGUUCAACUCCUUAUUGAACAGUUUUCCUGGCGAGGAGCAUUACUCAUUCUUGGGGGCUUGGUUUUGAAUCUCUGUGUUUGUGGAGCCUUGAUGCGACCAAUUUCUCUUAAAGAGGACCAUAUAACUCCAGAGCAGAAUCAUGUUUGCAGAACUCAGAAACAAGACCUUAAAUGGGCAUCUCCCUGUUCACCUUUGACCAAAGAAUGGGUGCAGACCUGCCUUUGUUGCUCUCUGCAGCAGGAAUACAGCUUUCUACUCAUGUCAGACUUCGUUGUGUUAGCCAUCUCGGUUCUGUUUAUGGCUUAUGGCUGCAGCCCUCUCUUUGUGUACUUGGUGCCAUAUGCUUUGAGUGUUGGAGUGAGUCACCAGCAAGCUGCUUUUCUGAUGUCCAUACUGGGCGUGAUUGACAUUAUUGGCAACAUCACCUUUGGAUGGCUAACUGACAGAAGGUGUCUGAAGAACUACCAGUAUGUUUGCUACCUCUUUGCUGUGGGACUAGAUGGACUCUGCUAUCUCUGCCUUCCAAUGCUUCAAAGUCUUCCCUUGCUCGUGCCUUUCUCUUGUACCUUUGGUUACUUUGAUGGAGCCUAUGUGACCUUGAUCCCAGUAGUGACUGCAGAGAUAGUGGGGACCACGUCUUUGUCAUCAGCACUUGGUGUGGUGUACUUUCUCCAUGCAGUGCCAUAUUUGGUGAGCCCCCCCAUUGCAGGAUGGCUGGUUGAUACUACUGGCAGCUACACUGCAGCUUUUCUUCUCUGUGGAUUUUCAAUGAUAUUUAGUUCUCUGUUGCUUGGUUUUGCAAGACUUGUAAGGAAGAUGAAAAAAACUGAGCUGCGAAUCCUUGCCAAAGACUCUGAUCCCAAGUUGCAGCUAUGGACCAAUGGCUCAGUGGCUUAUUCUGUAGCAAGAGAAUUAGAUCAGAAGGAUGGGGAAUCUGUGGCCACAGCAGUGUCUGGUUAUAACACAUGA